AUGACUGAAACAAUUAAAAAUCUUAGUGAUUUCAAAUAUUAAUAACUUAUUUCAGAUGUUAAUAAAAAGAAUUUUUAGUUGAAUAUAUGGUUUGGUGGAAGAGCAGAAUCAUUAAGAUCAAAAACAAAAUUAAAUUACAAUUGUAAAGAAAUUAUAGGUUUAUUGGAAUAGAAUGGAAGAUUUAGAAUGUUGAACUUAUAAUGGUUCAUGUACUAAUCAAGCAGUGACAAUAUUUUCAAAAAUUUUACAGUGAAAAUGGUUUAGUUCCUUUAAAAAGAGACCCACAUAUUUUAGAUUAUUCGAAACAUAAAUAGCUGA